AAUCAGAUGCUUCUUCGCAAGCUUAUCGUCCCCGGGUCGCAUUUAUAGGAUUUACCCAAGUGUAUUCUGUGAUGGUUUUCGUUUGCUCAAAAUGAGCGAAUAAUCAGAAAAUAUUGUGUUUUACUAUUAUUUUAGCGACUUAGCAUCGAAGUGAAUUAGUAAAGUGUAUCAACAUUGUUUAUUCUAAAAGAAAGCUGAACUGUUCUGUCGAAUUCCAUAUCUCAUAUUCAUUUUGCAACAAUGGAUACGGACACCUUUUUAACGCCUCGAAAGCUGCUGCAAAAUGCACUUGCCCGAACGUCGUCUCGGACGUCCAUGUCCUCGUCACCAUCACUGCUGGCCGUCAAGACGCCAACAUCACUGGCGCGAGCGAGUAACAUUAGCUGUAAUACAACCACCGGCCGACUCAACUUGCUACCGGUACUACAAACUCCACCAUCCCGUAUGCUGAAAGCCCGCGUCGUGAACCCUUUCGAGCCGGCUCUUGCCGACCGGUUACACCUGCCAAUGAUCGGAAGUCCGUCGCUGUUCCACCGGCCCAGCACGCCGCACAACAGUAGCACCAGUCAGUUCGAGUGGACGAUUGACGAAGUGUCGUCGCUCGGUCCGGCCAAUGUCGAGGUACACGAGACGCAGUACAUCGAAACGGUAGAUCCAGUCAUGGAAGCACGGGUACAAGCUGCUAUCAGCACCUACUUUAAGGAACAUAGCAUUGUGCCAAGCCCGAUCGAUUGUCCAUUGCGAAAUCAAAAGAUAGUAUUGUCGAAGGACAGUGUGGAUCUGUCAACAGGCAUCAGUGAGAAGGGACGAUCGAAAAGGAGAACCCGUGAUGGAGUGAGUCAAACUAUCCUAACAUUCCCACCGCAACUGCCCGAUCACGUCGAAGAAGUUCUGCAAAAGUACCUCACGUACAAAGAGGAUCAACAACAAACCCAUAAUUCAACGCUUGACGAGUCAGCAGGAUGCAGCAUCGAUCAUGAUGCUCGCGAUGCGUCCUUGCGAAGAAAACUGUUCAAUAUUUCAGGAAGAAACGCUGAUUCGGAUGAUGAUGCAGAGGCCACUCGACUGGGAAACUCCUUAGAUGAUCUAGAAUUGCAGGCGCUGAGCCCAGCACCUGACUCACCCGAAGUGGUCAUUAGUCAAGAAUCAGCUAACCAACAGGAUUUGAAACGCACCAGAUACUUUGGCUCACAGGAUGCGCUUUAUCCGGAUGAUCUGUCGCUAAGCCCUGUGAUCGAUAGUGACGCGGAAAGUUCUUUUGGGGCGCUCUCACCUAUCUCGAAAAACUCGCUGAGUCCCUGCCCGGGCGAUGAGCAUGAUCAGCAUCAUUCCGAUUUGGAUGCGAUUUAUCGUAGCACACCGGAACCGUCCACCCAAUCCGUUCAGAGUGAUCAUCAUUCUUUAGAACUCGGUGGCAGUCGUGUUUAUGCGGAUGGUUCCGUAAAACAUACCGAGCUGACCAACGUUCUGGCUGAGACAUGUCUUUCAAAUGACGGUGACAACAAUCUGAGCUCAUCGUCACAAUCUGUGGAUAGCUCGCAGCGUUCUCGCUCGUCAAUCACGCCACUUCGGCGAUAUGAAAGGAAGGUCAAACGUCCCAAUAAUCGUAAAAAUUUAUCGCAUUCUUUUCUGCUUAUUAACGAAAAUAGUCCCGCAGGGGACGUUAACGAAAAAGCAACCCAUAAGGAUAACACAGCCGAUGUAUCGAUGAAUCGACCCACUCCUUCGAAGGUGCUUUCGCCCAUCAAAGAAAAUUUUGUAGCCGGCUCGGGAAAGCUACCGAAGGAUGUGAACUUUUACCGUACUGAUAGUGGCUUCAACGAAGAGAGCCAGAGCCAUGAUAAUGCCAACGAUCUUUCGGAUGUGUCGAUGCUUUCGGAAGAAUUCUGCAAUACGCCCGGAAGGAAACGAUACGAAUCUGUCCCCGAAAGCUCCAACACGUUAAGAGGUCAUGAAGUUUCCUAUUCUAUAAGACUGUGACAAUCAAAAAGUGAUCUGCAUCCAUAGCACUGCCGGAACAAGUCUUUAGAAUUUAAAAAAAAUUAAAUAGCUUAUGAAACAAAAUUCAAUAACUAGAAAAUUUGGAUCGCACUUGAUAGCUCAAUUUUUUAAAGCAAUAUUUUUGCUAUGUUUUAUAUAGCGAUGCAUUGAUAAAAAGGCUGGAUAACGAGGACAAGUAGAAAAAGUACGUUUAAGUUUAGGAAACCCAAUUGUAAAACCGUUAAUUUGAACAAUUUUUUAAUGACAGUGUAUUUUAUAUGCUCACUAAACGAAUUGUAGAAUAAAGUGCCUAGAUUUUAUUUCUGAUUCUAGGAUAUAGCAAUUUC